AUGUCGCAAACCGUUUCUUUUCUAAACAACUCAAAAGAAAUUAUAAAUUUUCAAUUAGCAAGAAAUUAUACACUCGAAUACACUGACAAUCAGAAUAGAGUUCACACAGAGCGCGUCUUUGGUGAUGAUAAACUAGUUGGACCGGCUAUUGGUUUCAAAGACUGCGGAAAAACACUCGGCGAAACGGAUGUGAAACAUGUUGACAAUACAGGUCAACAAGACCGAUGUGUGCCGGAGAAACCGGGCGAUACCUCAACAUAUGUAGGAGACCAAGGGGAUGAACUUCUAGAUGCGGCAACGUUAUAUCAGGUUAUCGAUGGUUUUGUGCUCCUGGCCUCUACGGAUGGAACCAUUAUGUUUGUCACAGACAAUAUUUCAAAGUUUACAGGAUUUUGCCAGGUUGAUUUGAUGCAUCGAUGUUUGUACAGUAUAGUUCAUCCAGAGGAUUUUCAGGCGGUAAAGAACGCCCUCGAGGUUCGUUCUACAAGCGAAGCAGACGACAGAAUGCCUCCCGCUAGUUCCGACUGUCCAUCUAGAGACAAAAUAGAAAACUUCUUCUGUAAAAUAAGAUGUUACCAUGGUAACACUCCAGGUUACAUAAAACUUCACUGCAGCGGGGUUAAGUAUUAUUUGUCAGAAAUGCCACAUACUACACGCACAUCUAAGAGCGUGUUGAUGCUUUAUUGUCAGCCAUUCAUUAAGACAGGAAAUGACGUCAUUAACGAUGAAAGAAAUGACGUUUUCUGGAGCAAACAUGACCUCGAUUUAAAGUUUAAGGAAAUAGAGGACUCAUCACCUCUUGGGUAUUCCACGGCGGAUUUGUGCGGGAAAUCUUUAUACCAGUUCGUUCAUCCUGAGGAUUUAUGUAUCCUUAGCAAUGUACAUAAAGAAGUUACCCGGGUCACUGAAGUUCAAACAUUUUUCUUUCGCCUGGAGACAAAGGGAGGCAACUGGUUGUGGGUAUAUUGUAAAGGAAAAGUCGUCUGCAAGAAUUCUAAGAAAUUUUCGAUUGUCUUUUCACAUUGUCCUAUGGGGUAAUGCUAUUUUUUGGUAUAAACAUUUUUUCAUGGCAGUGGAAUUUAAUAAUUUAUAAUAGAGUGGUUUCGUAGUUCUGUUU